AUGGUCCGAUCAACACAACUGCUGCGUCAAGCAGCACGGGCUCUAACACGUACGCCGCAUCCAACGCUCGCCCUCUCUCCUGCCGUCCGUUCUGCGCUGACUGCAUCGACCAAAGCACCCAUCGUGGCGCUCGAGUCGACUAUCAUCACUCACGGUCUACCAUACCCUUACAAUCUGGAGGUGGCACAGGAGCUUGAGCAGACCGUGAUCGACCACGGUGCGGUGCCUGCUACCAUCGCGCUGCUCGACGGCAAGCCGCUUGUCGGACUGGAUUCGCAGCAGCUCGAGAGGCUUGCACGAUGCGCGAUCGACCCGGCCAGGAACGAAGCUGUCAAGGCGAGCAGAAGGGAUAUUGCUCAUGUUCUCGCCAAGGGCAAGAACACCGUCGGUGGCACCACAGUUAGCGGGACCAUGGUUCUUGCUCAUAUGGCAGGAAUUAAAAUCUUUGCCACCGGUGGAAUUGGUGGUGUCCACCGAGGCGGCGAGUCGACCAUGGAUAUUUCUGCCGACUUGACCGAACUCGGCCGUACACCGGUCGCCGUCUUCUGCUCGGGUCCCAAAUCGAUUCUCGACAUUCCUCGCACCCUCGAAGUUCUAGAGACGUUUGGCGUGUCUGUCACAACAUUCAACUCGACCGGCGAAUUCCCGGCGUUCUACACUUCCAACUCGGGGCUCUACGUUCCUUAUGCGGGAAGCAAUGUGCAGGCAGCCACCUCGAUCCUGGUCAACUCGCAAAUCGGCCUGCAGAGCGGUCAGGUGUUUGCGAAUCCUAUUCCAGCCGAGUUUAACCAAGUGGGAGCAAAGAUACAAGAGUGCGUCGAACAGGCGGUGCGCGAGGCGAUCGAACAGGGAAUUGAUAAACGUGGUAAAGAGGUCACUCCGUGGCUUCUCAAGCGACUAGCAGAGCUCAUCCCAGAAAGCAAGCAGAGCAACCGUGCGCUCGUAGUCAAUAACGCCAAGAAAGCAGCACAAGUGGCCGUCGAACUCGACAGAAUCGAGAAGGAGGCAGAGCGUACACGUGAUACACACGCUCUCGGUGGGAUUGCAUCGACUGUGAGUUGA